CUAACUGAGUAAUCCCACAACUUUUUUGGGGGCUCGUCCGGGAUGGUGCUCAAUAUUGUGGUGGUCAAUAUUGGAUUGAAGUGAAACAACACGACUGAAGACGAAAAAUCAAGACGACUAUUUAAGGGUGCGUCCACAUCUGGCGAAUGUGCCGCGAAUGUGCAGCUCGCGAGCCGUUUGCGAGCUGCGCGCGUACAAUUUUGUUCGAGCGCCGCUCCUGCGCCGCCCGCGCGCAGUUCACGCGCAACCUAAGCGCCGUACGCGAUCAGCGCGCGGGCGGCGCGCUAGCGGCUCGCGUCUUCCUUCCACCCGCGUCUCAAUCCCCGCACCCCUUACCCGCUCAGUUCGUUUCUGAUUAUUGGAGGUUAAGUACGUGUUGUCAUGGAGUGGACGGAGGAGAACUGUUUACGCUUAAUUGAAACAUAUAAAAGAUUUCCAGUUUUGUGGGAUCCUAAAGAUCAAUAUUACUAUAGAAAAAAUGUAAAAAAUGAUGCGUGGAAAGAAAUUGGUGCUAUAAUGGGAAGCGAUUAUGAACAAUGCCGUAGCAAACUGUUAAGUCUUUUAUCUUCUUUUAGAAGAGAGAAAGGAAAAAGUCAAAAAAGUAAAGGGACAGGGAAAGGUGCAUCCGAGACUUACAAAAGUAGAUGGUUUGCCUAUGACGCUUUUUCCUUUUUAGCUGAUCGGGAUAAACCAAGGAAACGUAUAAAUACUGAACAGGCAGAUAUAGAACAAGAUAAAGUGGAUGAGCGACAGGUACAAGAUGAUGGAAUAAAUACUGACACUGAAAGCGACCUGUCUUUUAUUGAACCUCCGCCGUCCAAAAAGAAAAAAUCGACGGAUGAUAAAAUCGUAACUGAAGCCCUACAAUGUUUAAAGACUGCUACAGAAAAAUUGAGCGAUAAUUCCAAAUUGUCACAAGAAGUACAUUCAUUUAUAAAUUUUAUUGGAGCCAAAAUGGAAUCUUAUUCACGUUCAACAAAAAAUAUGGUUCAACAGGCAAUAUUUGAUGUCAUAAUGAAAGCUGAUUCUGGGUACUAUGAUUAUCAACCAAAUAUGCAAGUGUCAACGCAAGGUUAUACAACUUAUUCUCAAAGUGCUUCUACGUCCAGACCGCACAGUCAGGAAAGUAAUUAUUCGGCAGAAGAUACGAAUGACAGCUACAGUGAUUUGUUUCAAUAAUAACUACUUUCUUUUUGUAAACUUAUAUGUUGCUUAUAAAAAAGGCUAUGUGAUUAUUUAAUAAAGAUAAUUAGAAAAAUACUCACACGUACGUUUUCCUUUAAACACUUGAUAAUCGCCAAACACACUUCAGGAAUAAUAAUACUUAUACUUUGCUUAGAAAUUCUAAAAAGGUACUGCAAGCUUGUGUAGGAAUCUCCAGUGGCCAAGAAUCGUAAUGUCAAACUUAAUUUAUUUUCAACUGAAAUUGGUAGCCUAAAAUGCGUUUCCUUUUUAGCAAUCUUGAAACUAAGCAUGUGUAGUAGAUUUUCAUAUAAUUCUGGUGACAAUUUUAAAAAAUUUGCAUAGUGGCCGCUUAAUUGAUGGCUUUUUAACUCCGCUACUAUAUUCUGUUUUCUUUUAAAAAUAGGAUUUUGCCACCAACGCCGUUGUCUCUUUUUUUUCCUUUUUAUCAGUAAUAUAAUAGCUAAUGAUGCAGCAAUUAUAUUAAAAGCACUAGUGUCGUCCGACAUCUUCGAAAGUACUGAGCCAGUAAAUGGAACUGUAAGCGCGAGGAUUGAGUACGCGCAGAUCGCGCGCCGCGCGCACGCCUUAUACGAGCCUUGUAUGAGUUGCGCUAAGGCGGCGCAACGAACCAUUGCAGUGACUGCAUGCGUGCAGCGCGAGUGCAGUUCGCGUACCGUUCGUGAGUUGCACAUUCGCGGCACAUUCGCCAGAUGUGGACGCACCC